UACAAGCCUGCACUUCCACGACGCGUCUCUGCCAUACCUCCAGUGAGUGCAGUGCACAGUGUGCAUGUAGCAGCAGCAUAGGAUGUAAUCAAUACCACAUGUUUCAUCUCUGGGACUCGGGGAUUUAAAAAAAAAAUAUAUAUAAAUAUAUAUGUAUAAGUAUAUAUAUGUAUAUACUUAUAUAUAUAAAUAUAUAUAUAUAUAUUUAUUUACAUACUUUUCCUUUCGUUUGACACACCACGCCUCUCAAGGAAUAUAACUUACCAGAGAUGACGGGGACUCACUCUCCUGCGCCCCGCCGAGCUCCAGCUCCGCACAACGCGCAGGGAUCCCGAAGUUCAUAAAAGGGGGAUUAUUUUUUUAUUUUUUUUUGCAUCUCGGCGCCUGCAGACCUUCGGUGCCUCGGGAUUUUACGUCGGGAUUUUGGGAUUUAUCGCUUAUCGGCCGGAUGGAAAGCCGUGAUUUCGCUCCCCCGCACCACCUCCUGACCGAGCGGAGCGCGCUGGCUCACGGCUCCGCGUCUCGGAUGGCGUCAGGCGGCCACGGCUCCGUGCAGCCCCCGGCGCACUUCCAGCCGGGGAAGUACUUCUCGUCCCAUCUGUCCAUGGCUCCGCACUCAGGUGCUUCCUUUAUGGGUUCCUUCCUGUCCAGCAGUUUGGGGUCGCCGCCCUCCCACCCGUCUCAUCCCUCGGGACCCGUUUCUUCCCCAUCCUCUCCCUCGUAUAGGACUGGACCCCAUUCCAAUGCCUCCCCUAUCUGGUUCCCCCAUUCACAUGAAGGGUACCCCAACUAUUCAGGAAGUCUCACCUCCCCUUUUCUUCCCAUGAGUCCCUUGGAUCACCACAGCAGCAGCCUGUAUGGACAGCACCGGUUCUACGAAACUCAAAAAGAUCACUUCUACCUGAGAGGCCUUCCCACUCAGCCCCCUCUACUUUCCACCAAUCACAACCUCCCCCCACUCGCCAGGACCGCUCCCGGCCACCCGCUCGGCUCCUGCAGCCGAGAGACAGACACCAAAAGCAACAGGGACGUAGCCGAGAAAGGGCUUUCGUCCCUGUCAAAGGAAAAGGAAAGAUCCAGCAGCAAGGAGCGCAACCAGGAUAGUAAAGACAAAUUCCAGCUUCACCAUCACCAUCCUCAUCAGACGAGCCGCGCCGCCACGCCAUCCAGCUUCCAUCAUAAAGCGUUCCCACAUCCUCCCCAUGCGCUCCUGCCUCACCUCACGCCCCAAAGCAGAGAGGAGGAUCCGAGACACAAGGACAGUGAGAGCCAAGGAAUGAAACAUAUGAGUGCCUGUAAACUGUCCAGCAGUUCUGGUGCAGAGACUGGCUCCAAUGUGAAGGGGGGCACAUUAAGCAGCUGUAGUGGAGCGGGUCGAACUCCUUCUGGAAGCAGCAGGCGCUGCUACAAAGAACCCACAAACGGGGAGAUGAGGAUCAGUGACUCUUCAACCGCCUCCUCGGAAUGUAUAAGAAGAGGUGCCAUCUUGGCACCUCCUCACUCUGUGGCCUCCUACUCCAUGCCUCCCCCUCCUGCUCCAGCACCGCCCCCUCACACCCUGCACAUGGGCUCGGCGGUGGUAGGUGGCUGGCUUAACCCGCAUCACCAUCUACAUCCGGAGUUUUACUGCCCCCCAGCUCCUAUUAGCAUUGUACCCUCCAAAGAGCAGGCUUCUGGGGGGUCGAGCAGGGAGGCACAAGUCAUAGGCACAACCUAUGUUCCCUCAGUGGGGCCUUUGGGGGAUCUGGCAUCCCCUGAUUGUCGUGGCGCAGGAGGCGGUGGCAAAAAGGAAGACAAGAAUGGAGAUGGAUCUUAUGAAAAUCCCUCUCAUCACCUCAGUCGCCUUAGUAGUUGCCAGAAGAAAGACAAAUCCCAGACACAUUUGCAGCAGCUGGGAUACGGCAAGGCUGACAAACCUCCUGACUGGAGCCAACAAACACAGCACUUCCCAAAAGCCAAUCCCAACUUGAGCUCUCAGCCUGAGUUGCGGUCGUGCAGCCUGGAAACAUCUUCAUCCCUCAGAGAUGUGGAGUUUGUGGAGGAUUUUUAUAGGCCCUCACUUCUACCAGAUGCCCCACACCUUGUGACAGGGCAGUCCAUUACCAAGAACAGCUGUGCGCCUUUUCGAGACUCCUCUCUAUCAGGUUCUCAUUCUGAUGGAAGUUCAGGGUCAACAGUUCAGCGGGAGGGACAAAAGGUUGCAAGGAUACGACAUCAGCAGCACAGCAGCCAUGGUACAGAAGAUAAGGGCAGGAAUGGAGGUCAGGCGUUAACAUCUUGGGGUGCACGAGGAGGUGCCAUGGGGGACCACAGGAAAGACUCCUAUCAUGCAUCAGCUCGCAAUAGUGAAAUAAAAGGUUUCAGUAGCACAGCUCCAGACAACCAGUCUACUCGUCUACCCUAUCCCUCACCACACACCACAGAAGGAGAGGGCAGUGCCAUGAAAAACUUAAUGAACUACAGCUCCCAGCAGCCUUUGCUGCUGCCCCAAAGGAGCCCCUUUGGAGGUCUGGGCUGCCUCAAGCAGGGCGGCGAGCGAUCAGAGAAGGGGGAAAGAGGAGGAGGCAAAAACAACAGCACCCUACAAGACCUACCUAAACAGUCCCUCCCUCCUCGCCGAGGCUCCUCCAACGAGGGAGAGAAGGGUGACAGAGGCGGGAGGGAGGCCGGGGAGGCAGGAGAGGGGGAAGUACGCCAGCCUCCGGUGGGUAUCGCCGUUGCGGUCGCCAGGCCCCCCCAUCGCUCUCCAGACAACACCCCUGGACACAGCAGACAGGGCAGAGUGCUGCCCAGCAUGAAAGGAGUGUCACGUCCUAUGUAUCCACUUGGCCGGGGGGCAGAGGAGAGGAAGAAGAUGGCGGAGGAUCAGAUCAGUCUUCAUCAUCUGGACAGAGACAGAGAGCUUAUCAUUAGGGACAGCAAGGACCGCGUGGAGUUUGCCAGGAUUCACCCAUCGAGUGGCUGCCACAGUGACCUGACCUCCCACCUCCUGAUGCCUGGGGGUGCCAGCCAGUUGGGGACGGACCCUGCUGCACACGCUCACCACCACUGGGUGCAGAGGACAGGAAGUCCCUCCCUCUGGAUGGGACAUUCAUACAGUCUUAACCACGUGGGUAUGAGUGCCAGCUUCCCCCCAGGUUUGCCCAGCCCGCUGCCGCCUGUGCUUGGUUCACUGAGCCAAGACCCCAACUCCCCGCUGAUGGUUCUUCCCACGGAGCCUGGGUCUCAUCAUCACCUUGACGUUUUAGAGCAGUCUGGUCUGUGGCCUCCUGUGUACAGCGCCCGGGGGCCCCCACCUCACUUGCAGCAUCACCCCGUCUACUCCCGCUCCUCCUUUUUACGGCAACAGGAGCUGUACGCCUUGCAACAGCACCGCGCUAUGGAGCAUUUGCAGCGCCAUUCCAUGGCUCAGCGCAAACACGAUGAGCACGCAGUGACAGUUGAAGACUGCCCUUCAGCAUCGAGACCCCCAUCGUCCUCCUCUUCUUCCACCUCUCAUUUGGCCAAACCCUUCUUGCACACCCCUCCCCCGCCAAAGACCUCCACCCCGUCGCCGGGGGUUUGCCCCAGUAGUCGCCAGUCGCCCUGCUACCAUUCCCCGUCCAGGCGACCUCACCCGCCGAAUCCGCUGACCCCUGCUCCGAGCCCGGCGGCGGCUGCCCCACGCUCGCCGGCGCUUAGCCCCGCGCCGUCGCUCCUACCUAAAGGCCUGGAGAGGUGCAGCGACAGGGGAGAAGGACAGCCGCCUCAGGAUUACCCACAAUCCUUAGAGCCUGACUUACCACCUGUGUACGCCUUCCCUCCGCUCGCCAUGGGUUUCAAGGCCGGAGCCUCGCCGCCUCAAGCGAGCUUGGCUGCUGCGCAAGCCUCGCAGACAGCAGUGCCAGCGGAGCCAGCAGAGUUCGACUCCAAAUCUGUACUUCCUCUCCCCCUCGUCCCACCUCUUACUAAGGAUGAGACCGGGAGAGACUGUGAAGUGGUGGAAAAGGAGGAGGAAAUUCAGGAGGAAGUAAAGAGAUGCUUCGUUUCGGCGCCUGAGAGGACCAAUUCUGCAAUACUGCCAUGCUCGUCCCCGUCUUCGUUCCUAAACCCAAGCAGCCCUGCCACUGCCACAGGCGAGGUCCUGCAGCCACCUGAGCUCGCCAAAGACCACGUGGAUGAGGAAGAAUGUCGAAAAGAAGAGGAUGAAGGAGAAAAGAUGGCAACAGAAUGCACUGUGUUAGUAGAGGCUGCAAAGGAAGAGGAAGGGGAACAUGAAGAAGUGGUUGUAGAUGGCGAAGAAGAAGAAGAAGCCGUCGAGAGGAGUUUAGAAGAAGGCCAACCAACGUGCUCUUCGACACGCGCGGACCUCUGCCUCACCGCCAGCACGGCGGCCCAGCAGCAAGGCGCCUAUAUGUGGAGCCUGGAGCUUCUCAUCGCCGCCGCUCUGUGCGCCACCCGAGAUGCAGCGCUCGCGCCCGUACCCCGCACCCAGAGGCCUGCAGGACACCACGGCAUGGAGAUUCUGGGAGAACUGGCCGAGCUGGAGCUCCAGAAGAGGAGUCUGGAGAGCAAGGGGAUGGAAGAUGAAGGUGAGCGCCUGCUGACCUUCGACCUGCACAGUUUGGCGACGCUGGCGGCCGCCCGCGCCUUGGAGAUGGGGGGAGGUGCUGCUCAACAAUGCCCAAUUAGGAGAAGGCUCAACCUGCGCAGGAAGUGCAGCUGGACGCCUCGUCAUGGGCCGGUGUGCCCAGUGAAGGGCUCCAUGGAGACGAUGGGAGGGGAGGAGCUGGCCAUGCGUGUCCAGCUGGCUGAGCUACAGCGCCGCUACAAAGAGAAACAGAGAGAACUGGCCAAGCUACAGAGGAAACACGACCACCAGAGAGAGGAGACGUCUCGAAGCCCAGCCCGCAGGGGGCCGGGACGCCCCCGCAAGCGAAAGUCCACCCCCGGCGCGGCGGCUCCAGACUGCUCCAAAAGACUCAGGACUGGCCUUAAUUCACAGGAGGAGAAAAGCAGGAAGAAGCAUGACUUCGGCAGCCUCAGUGCCGUGCAGUUAAAAUCAAGCUGUAAGCACAGAGGUCGGCCCAGUGCCCUGAGCUCCAGGCUAGCGAGGCGGGUAACGCAGCUGAAGCAGAAGGCUGCAGCCCAGCAUGCUGCUGCUCCAUCGGCGGGCGUUCUGCACUGCAGAGGGGCCACCGAAGGAGAAGAAGCCCCAAAGAGUCAAUGUGGACAUGAAGGGACAGAUUCGCAACAGGAAUGGGAAACCAGUCAGGCCGUGAAGAGAAAGCGAGGUCGCAAGCCAAAGGUGAUUGGCGCCGACGCAAACCGAGCGCCUCACAAUCUGGCCUCUGAGAAACAGGAAGUUGGGGCGGAGAGGAGCGACAGCCAAAGUUCCGAGCACGAUUUUGAGGAAGAGUGGAGCUGCAACAGUGACGAAGGCGCCGGUGACAUCAGGAUUAGAUCACCCUCCAAAGACGCUUCAUCAAACCCCACUGGCUCCUUUUCGUCUGGGCUACACACAGAGCAGAAAACAAGGACCAGGAAACCAGGACCUCCAGGCCCAGGGAGCGGUCCGAACACUCACAGGAAGCAGCGCACAGCCAAAAGCGAACAUCUAUGUCACCAGGGUACGCGGAGGUCCUCUCUUCCCAGCUGGGCGGCCUCCUCAGUGGGCUCCAGCUUUGGGGAUGGCCGGGGGUACCGUGGAGCUCCGAUGGACGACAAUAGGAACUGCAAGGAGACAACAAGGAGGGGCUCAACCGUGCACAGACAUCUGGGAAAGGCCAAAGGUCACGCAGUUAGUCGACUCCUGCAGAGCUUCACCGCGGACGACGGCUUUCACUUGGACGAGGAGAGCAGCUUCUCUGAGGGUGAAGGGGAUGAGGAAGAAGAAGAGGAGGAGGAGGGCGAGGAUAGCAACACGUCUACGGUCUACCUUCCUCCUAACAUGCCUUGCAAAAUACCAGCCUUGCCCAACUGCGUGCUGAGUAAAGAGAUGCUGGUGGAUGGCCUGAAGAUUCUGAUCUCCAAGGAGGACGAGCUGCUGUAUGCCGCCUGCGUCCAAACGCUGGACCUGCCUGACAUAUUUAGUGUUGUCAUCGAUGGAGAGCGUGGGAAUCGGCCCAGGAUCUACUCACUGGAGCAAAUCCUGCAGGAAGCUGUUCUGGACGUGCGGCCACAGACUGAGGCCAUCCUAACUGCAGGGACGCGGGUUUGUGCUUACUGGAGUGAGCGCUCACGUUGUCUUUACCCUGGUAAUGUCCACAGAGGAGGUCCAGGCGAGGAGAAGGAGGGAAGUGUGAUGGUGGAGUUUGAUGACGGAGACAGAGGAAGAAUCACACUAGCAAACGUACGACUUUUGCCACCUGGAUACCAGAUCUGCUGUGCGGAAUCAUCACCGGCACUUCUGAUCUCACCGGGCCGCCGAUGUAGAAGCAGCUCUACACAGGAGAAAAAGGACACGGCCAAUGAGGAACAAGAAGGGAAACUUAAAGAGAAGAGGCCAGUUGGCAGGCCCAAGAAAAUCCACUCAGUGCCUAAGACUGCCAGCACAGCAGCAACAUCAGAGUCCGACUCUCGAAUUAAAGACAACACUUCCUUGGUGAGCUGGUCUGCACCCAGGAAGAGACCCCCAGUUGACUUCUUCCUCUUCAACGGGACUUCUCGUAAAACCCAGAAGAGAUCCCGAGAGCGAAACGUCGGGUUGUUUCAUUGCCCCGCCUCCCACCCUCUCACGCCCUUAACCCCCCACAAAGGCAUCUUUGGCUCCCCUUUUGCGGUCGACUCGUUUAGCAGCAUCGCUAAUGGCUACUCCGCCUUUGGAAGUGGAGGAACCACCACACCCGGGCGCCUGGUGAACGCCGUAUCAACCGUGACGCCUCGGGACUCUUCUUCAUGCUCCCUGGCUGUCACCGUGGCGACUGGGAGCAAGAAGCCGGCUAGCGAGCGAGACAGAAAGCAGUUCUUGGUCAAGCUUGACCAUGAAGGUGUGAUGUCGCCGAAAACAAAGAAUAGCAAAGCCCUGCUUCGGCUUGGGAAUGGAGGAAGAGGAGGGAGGAGCUUUUCACCGGCGGGCGCUCCGCUACGAUACAUCCACCCGUCCAUGUUGGUGAAGGAUACAAAGAAAGGAGGAGGGGAUGGGGAUCUGCAGAAAGACCAAUUGUCAGGCAGCCAUGGAGGCCAAGCUGGAGAUUACAGUUUGGACUACGCCAGCGACUGUCCAAGUUCUUACUCGGAGCUGGAUGAGGAAAACGAGGACGGCGGUCGAGAUGCAAGGACGCCAAGAAGAGGCCCAGCGGUUUCAUCUCAUCGAAACGGACGCUUUCUCUCCCGCCUCUCAGUCUGCUUCUCCUCCUCUUCUUCAUCCUCUUCUUCUUCCGGCUCCAUGUCGUCCUCGUCCGUUUGCUCCUCCGACAACGACUCCUCCUAUUCUUCCGACGAAGAGUCCUCGUCGGUCCUCCUGCGCCGCGCUCUGCUUCAGCAGGACAAGCACAAAAACAGGCAGAACUUGACCCCUGACCUGCUGAGCCUGGAGUCCACUAACACCAACCCGACCACCACAACGCCAGCUCACCCUUAUGUGGCCGGGAUGACCCACCCUGCGUCCAAAGGGAGGGCGGACAGGUCUGAGGACAGGACCGAGUACUUUUCCAAAGGAGGUGUGGCGGCCAAGACUCAACUGAAGAGGAAGGAAGGAGUCGAUCACCAUCCAGCAAACCAGCAGCUUAAACCUUCUUCCAAAGACCCAACUGCAGCUAAAAGGCAGAGGAUGUCAUCACCUGAGCCUCAAACCAACAUGGCUCCGCUGCGGCCGGGGCGCCAGCUGUGGAAAUGGUUUGGCAACCCAACACAGAGGAGAGGUCUGAAGGGGAAAGCCCGCAAGCUCUUCUACAAGGCUCUCGUGCGAGGCAAGGAGACGGUGCGGGUCGGCGACUGCGCCGUCUUCCUGUCGCCCGGCCGGCCUCAGUUGCCUUACGUGGGCAGAGUGGAGAGUCUGUGGGAGUCAUGGAGCUCCAGCAUGGUGGUCAGAGUCAAGUGGUUUUACCACCCAGAGGAGACACGCCUGGGAAAGCGACACUGCGACGGCAAGAAUGCUUUGUACCAGUCGAGUCACGAGGACGAGAACGACGUCCAGACCAUCUCACAUCGCUGCCAGGUGGUCAGCAGGGUCGAGUACGAUCACCUGAUCCGAGACCACAAGUCCAGCGCCACAGGGAAUGACCUUUUCUACCUGGCGGGAACCUACGAGCCCACCACAGGCCAGCUGAUCGGCGCUGACGGCAUGGCUAUCGUGUCCUAACGCCCGCGGCUAGAACGUCCAAAACAAUCACGCUGAUGGCUUCCAUGAUUUCCAGUCAGGACGAGACAGAAGGAGGAUACCUAUAGAUACUUCUGGCACCUGUUUAAGGAGGUCGUCCUGGAAACUCAAGAGCCAACAACAAGCCAACAGGAACUAAAGGAAGCACUUUGGAGUUCCAUCGCUGGAAGACUAGAUGGGAAGGAGUCCCUGUAAAGCAUACUUGGAAGGUCUUAUACUGCUAGUUUGACGACGAAGAGAUCCCAACUGGACCAAAAAAACAAAAAUAACUCCACACAUUUGGACUGCGUGUGUGCCAUUGCUAUGUCUUUGAACACACACCUUCUGUCAAGCCAUACACAUCAAUACCUCUCUCGUACCAGUCAGGUGCGAAGACACUUGUACAGGUAGUCGCUUUGCUUUUUUUGGGAGUGAGUGUGUGCAUGGGAGAGUGUGUACGGGCUUUAAGUAGCAUCACGUGUACAAUAAUGUAAAUACUAUACAUAGAUAUUUGUCCUUGUCUUUUAUUUUUUGUCUGCGGAGCAUUUUUAUUUAGAUGUUAAAGGCUGUUGGAAUGCACUGAACACGAUCACAGACCAGGUGACGUGGUAGCUCGGCCUACUACUGGGGGGCUCGAAAGCUUUCUGAAUUAUUUCCUGGAAGAAGCUGACUGCAAAAGAAACCAAGUUUCUGCUUUUCCCCCCCCUCGUCCUCUCAAAUGUAAAUAUUUAUCUGGCAUCUAAAAGAACGAUACCAAAGCACCUGUGAGUUUACACUUUUGUCAGUUUAUGAUUCGAAUCAAUCAAAUCUGAAUCCGGGACCCCUGCAAUCACAGAUGUUUCAUGUUCAUCCAGUGUUGCUAUGACAGCCCUCCCAGAGACGUCGCAGCGACAUUGUCUGCACACUGCCCAGCUGAUGCACUUGAGGUUUCUAUGGCAACCAGAAUGGCAUCAUGUGACUGUGAAGGACAAUCAGCGCCAAUCAAUGGGACGAUGUUGAGAGACAGAAAGAGAUCAAAUCAUAAAAUGCUUCUCGUCACUUUUAUUCCUACUUUGCCAAAAAUGUCUGCGUGCGCUCGUGUGUGUGCGUGCGUGUGUGUGUGUGUGUGUGUUAUACAUUUGUUUGUUUUCUUAUGGUUUAUGCAAGCCUGUGAUUUGUCUAGGAUGUACAGGGGGAAGAACACACAUGCCUUUUUCUUUGUAGGGCUUUGACUUUUGACAACUAUGUUGAUGACAAACACUUUUUAAAAUGUGAAACUUAAAAAAAUAUAUACAAAACAAAAAACUUUAAAACAAGAAAACACUGGAUUCACUUCUGAUCAUCCCAUUUGGACAUAGUUUUCCUCCCACUGGACCCUGCUUUGUAUGGUUGAGAUGGCCUACUAAAUAUAUUAUUUCUUAUUAUGGAAGUAUUUCAUGAAUAUUUCCAAUUGUACAAAAUGACAAAUAUUUAUCUUAAUUUUAUUGUUUUUUUUUGUGUUUCAUUAAAAAAAAUUCUUAAGAAAAAUGG